CUGCUUUCUACAAGAGCUGGCGGCUUGGGCAUCAAUUUGACAGCCGCCAAUCACAUCAUCCUUCACGACAUCGACUUCAAUCCAUACAAUGACAAGCAAGCCGAGGGUCGUUGCCAUCGCAUGGGUCAAAAGAAGGAUGUGUAUGUUGUCCGGUUAAUAUCCGCUGAGACGAUUGAAGAGGAAAUGCUUGCGUUAGUGCAAAAGAAGCUCGAACUUGAGAAAGAAGUGACGGGUAGUUGUGCUGGUUUGUUUUACAUCGUUUUGUAUUCAUUGUUUCCGUGUGGGAAAGCUUAGCU